UGAUUCUAUGACUCUAUGAUUUCAAACCGCCCGGUUGAGCCAAGGGGAGGCGGCGCAGGAGGAGGAAGAGCCCGGCCGCGGCGAGGCGGGGCCAAGCGGGAAGCGAAAGAGCCCGCGGCGCUCGGGGGCGGCCUGGCCAGCAUGGAAACGGCUCUGGCGACCCCCGGUGCCGCCUCUUCGCCCCCCGACCCGCACGCCGUGCCGCUGGUAGCGCUUAACUACGGCGUGCGGCGCCGGCUCGGGCUGUUCCUGAACCCGCGGGCGGCGGCGGCCGCGGACUGGACGGCGCUGGCCGAGGAGCUCGGCUGCGAGUACCUGGAGAUCCGGCGGCUCGAGGGGCGCCCCGACCCCACGGCCGAGCUGCUUGAGGAGUGGCAGGGGCGCUGCCCCGGCGGAGCCACCGUCGGACGCCUCCUCGACAUCCUCCGCAGCCUGGGACGGCACGAUGUCCUGCUCGACCUGGCCGGCAGCGUGGAGGAGGACUGUAAGAAAUACUUACAGAGGAAGCAGAAGCAGGCUGACCAGCCGCUUCAAGUGCCAGCAGUGGACAGCAGCGUGCCGAAAACAUCGGAACUGAUGGGCAUCACCACUAGGGAUGAUCCAUACGGGAAUGGACCAGAGAUGUUUGAUGCCUUCAUCUGCUACUGUCAGAAAGACCUUGAGUUUGUGCAGGAGAUGAUCAGGGAGCUGGAACAAACAGAGUUCAAACUGAAGCUCUGUGUGUUUGACCGGGAUGUCCUGCCAGGAACGUGUGUGUGGUCGAUCAGUGGAGAACUUAUAGAAAAGAGGUGCCGGAGGAUGGUGGUCGUCAUUUCAGAUGAUUACCUGCAAAGCGAUGAGUGUGAUUUUCAGACCAAGUUUGCUCUUAGUCUUUCCCCAGGUGCUCGUCUCAAACGGCUGAUUCCAGUCAAGUGCAAAAGCAUGAAGAAUGAAUUUCCAAGCAUCUUACGGUUCAUUACCAUUUGUGAUUACACCAAUCCUUGCACCAAAAAGUGGUUCUGGACGAGACUGGCAAAAUCCCUGAUGCUGCCGUGAUGCAGUCAUGAGAGCCAGGUGCUCUUCGGUAACCUGUCCUGGCUGUGCCUUGGGACUGUGGUAUCUUUCACACAGGGUCUUCUACCACUUCAGAACUUGGAUCCUUGCAAUCAGUGUUUGAAGCCUGUAACCAGGAACAAAGAAUUUUCUCUAGCACUUUUUUGUAACUCCGAAGGAGAAAUAAAACAACUGUGUGGGUGUUCCUGCUCCAGUCAGUGAGCAACAGCACCCAGCAUUCUGUGUAGUAAGCAUUUUCACUGAAAACGUGGAAAAUAUACAUGUAAAGACUGAGUGUCUAAUAUGGAAAGGUGCUACUGUAAGCAUUUAGUAAGACCUCAGAGCCUCAAACUGCAGCUUUGUUUAAACAAAUUAUUUUAAUAGCUGUUUGAUGGCUGUAGUAAUAUCUAGGGUUGACUUUUUGUUAAAAUUCCACUGAAAUCCCAUGACUGGUGAUCUGCAGGAACUGAGGUUUCAGACUCUGUUUCCUACUUUCUGAACUCCCAGUGCCAUGAGAAUGAGAGAUUUUGGCAGCCUUGCAGGUGGGCUCAGCUGGCCCUGUCAGGGACAAUGUCCCCUUUCCUGUUCUUGGGCAGCACAGGGGAAUGCAUGUGGGCUGUCCCUGAGCUGUGCUUUGUGGACAGUCUCCUUCGGUCUGUGUUUUGAGGUGGGUGCUGCUCUCUUAUCCCAAGUUACAAGUUAUAGGACAAGUGGAAAUGGCCUCAAGGUGCACCAGGGGAGGUUUAGAUUGGAUAUUACAAAAAAACUCCUUGCUGAAAGUGUGGUGAAACAUUGAAACAGGCUGCCUGGGGAAGUGGUGGAGCGUCCAUCCCUGGAGGUGUUCAAAAAAUGCAUAGAUGUUUCACUUUGUGUAGUCAGCACGGUGGUGUUGGGCUGACAGUUGGACUUUAUGAUCUUAGAGGUCUUUCCCAACCUUAAUGAUUCUCUGAGAAAAGCAGAAGCACAUUUUAAUUGUUAAAGCAGUGCAAAAAAUAAUUGGUUCUCCAAUUUUUAGCAGUAUCUGCAAAAUUAGAGCAAUUGUGUUUGUAUUUAUAACUAAGGCAGAAUUACUGAGCUUGGUUUAUUUUCUGGGGGUGUUUUCCUCUUUCAUAUCACAAUAUUCCUGUCCAGCGUUCAUUUCCACGAUGAAUCCCUUGUCACUGGUAUAUUCUGUGGCUGUCACUCGGAUUUGCCUUAAGUGGUUAUUUGUUGGAAAGGAAAGACUUUCAUGUACCAUGUUAGUCAUGUCUGUCUCUGUUCAGGUUGAAUUUGAUUAAGUGACCUUACAUGAGCAUUCCGAUCUUAUUAAGUGUUUACAAUAGAGCCUUUCUUUAGUAGAAAUUCAGUCUUAAAAUACGUGUUUUCAGUGAAAGUCCUUACUACAUAAAUUGUGGGAUGCUCAUGGUCGUGACCAGGAAUAGAGCUGUGCACCUAAAUGGGUCCAGGUCUUAAACUUUUCCACUUUUAAGAGCCUUCCAAAACACUUCAACUUUUGGGAUGCCUCAAAGGGAUCAAUACAGAAUAAAGAGUGUAUUAAAUUAUCA